GUGUAGAUUUCCCCGUGAUUAUGGAGAAGAGCCAAUCAGGAUUGAGAUGCCGGUGGAGCUUGGGUAUUCUUGGCUUUGUCAGAGAGCAUAAAGAAUCCACCGAGCUUCCUUGAGAAUUGGGUCUGGAAACUCAACGAACAGGGUUGAGAGGGUGAUAUGUACACAGUAUUUAGCCAUUGAACACAAAUAAUAAUGACAAAAAAUGGAUAUUUGCUGUGAGACGGCCUCAGAAGACCUUGACAAGACCAAAAGGCUUUUGCAUAAACCCUGGAAAUCGAGACUCCACAACUUCCUCAAUAGUCCCUCACCUCAUUCAAGGAAAAAACUGCACAGACAAUCUGUUAAUGAGGCGAAACAGUGGGGACAAUCCUUAGAGAAACUACUCAAUCAUAAAUGUGGCCAAGUGGCAUUUCGGGUCUUCCUGAAAUCUGAGUUCUGUGAGGAGAAUCUGGAGUUUUGGCUUGCCUGUGAAGAGUUCAAGUCCAUCACCAGUCCAGAGAAGCUUGCCUGGAAAGCUACUAGCAUUUAUGAAGAAUUCAUCCAAAGUGACUCCCCUAUGGAGGUCAACGUCGAUUACCACACAAGAGACACGAUUGCUCACAGUCUCCACAAGCCAACCCCAUCUUGUUUUGACGGUGCCCAGAGGAAGGUCUGUAGCCUUAUGGAGAACGAUGCGUAUCCUCGGUUCAUUCAGUCUGACUACUACAAGGACCUGUGUGCUGGUAGCAGGGGCUUAGGAAAACAUAAAAGAACUUGAGACUGACUGACUCAGACUCCACAAAAAUGUACUCUGGCAAUCCAAUUCUCUGCUCUUCUCUUGAAGUGUGCACUUGACUUGAACACUCCCUCACAUGGAAUGGUUCACCUGAUAAACAACCGACGAACACUACUGACUUCAAGUGUCUGUGUUAUUUGUAUAUAUUGAUGGUGAUGUAUAUUUGUAAACUUGUAAUAUUUCAUAUUUAAUAAUUCCAUUGUAAGUUGUACUUGUAAUUCAGCUUGUUGCUAUAAUGAUUUAUUGUACAUUUAAAAAUAAACAUUCAUGGAUUUAGCGACGUGAAAAUUCCUCCAGCCAAUGAUUACAUCAAUCCCAUGUGAAAGGACAAGUACCCUUCUGGAGGAGAGGAGAGAAUCUGGGUGCGGCCUUAGUCCUCUUCAUCCCCCUGUGACGCGUUAGGGCAUCGACCAUGGCUCUCCACCUACACUGAACAUUGCAGCAAGGUCUCAUCUGAUAACACAAUCAUAGCCAGAUAUUGCAGCCAAGAUUCAAUCAAUCAAUCAAUCCAUCAAAUGUAUUUAUAGAGCCCUUUUAACAUCAGCAGACGUCACAAAGUGCUUACACAGAAACCCAGCCUAAAACCCCAAAGAGGAAGCGAUGCAGAAGCAAAGUGGCUAGGAAAAACUCCCUAGAAAGGCAGGAACCUAGGAAGAAACCUAGAGAGGAAUUAGGCUUGGCCCCCAAACUUUUACAGAUGCACAAUUGAAAGCAUCCUAUUGGGCCUGGUACGGCAACUGCACUGCCCACAACCCCAGGGCUCUCCAGAGGGUGGUGCGGUCUGCCCAACACAUCGCCGGGGGCACACUAUCUGCCUUCCAGGACACUUACAAUACCCAAUGUCACAAGAAGGCCAAAAAUAUCAAGGACAUCAACCACCCAAGCCACGGCCUGUUCACCCUGCUAUCAUCCAGAAGGCGAGGUCAGUACAGGUGCUUCAAAGCUGGGACGGAGAGACUGAAAAACAGCUUCUAUCUCAAGGCCAUCAGACUGUUAAUUAGCCAUCACUAGCCGGCUACCACCCGGUUACUCAACCCUGCACUUUAGAGGCUGUUGCCUUAUGUACAUAGACAUGGAAUCACUGGUCAAUUUAAUAAUGGAACACUAGUCACUGUAAUGUUUACAUAUUGUAUAUACAGUAAAUACAGUAUAUUUUUUGCCUUUCCGACAAUGCUCGUCCUAAUAUGUAUAUAUUUCUUAAUUCCAUUCUUUUACUUUUAGAUGUGUGUGUAUUGUUGUGAGUUGUUAGAUAUUACUGCACUGUUGGAGCUAGAAACACAAGCGUUUUGCUACACCCGCAAUAACAUCUGCUAAAUAUGUGUAUGUGACCAAUAACAUUUGGUUUGAUUUGAUUUGAACAGCUCACCAACUUACUAGCCUGAGACAAGGCAGAGCCUAGCCCACAAAGAUCUCCCCCACUGCACGAGUCCGAGGGGGGCGCCAAACCAGACAGGAAGAUCACGUCAGUGACUCAACCCACUCAAGACGAGUAUAGCGAGAGAAAAAGCCUUGCAAGAUGUGAUGCACACCUCCUAGGGACAACAUGA